AUGUCUGCCUCCUCUCCCCCAUCCUUACCUCGAGCCUUCCUCCACUCUGUCCAUCUGCACCACCCGUCCUUGCCAUCCACCCCGUUGUCCAGCCCGUCUGGACCCAUCUACACACGGCUGUCCAACGGCAGUCACAGCGCCCCCAGCCCCACCAACUCCCGCAGCUCUUUCCAUGGGGUGUCCUUCCUGCUGCAGAUCGGACUGACCAGAGAAACGGUGAACCUGGAGGCCAGUGACCUGUCGCUGUCUGCUGUGAAGGACCUGGUGUGCUCCAUAGUGGAUCAGAAGUUCCCGGAGUGCGGCUUCUUUGGCAUGUACGACAAGAUCCUGCUGUUCCGCCACGACUUAAACGAUGAGAACAUCCUGCAGAGGCUGACUGCAGCUGAAGACAUCCAUGAAGGAGACCUCAUUGAGGUGGUGCUUUCUGCUCAAGCCACAGUUGAAGAUUUCCAGAUCCGACCCCAUGCCCUUUACGUCCACUCCUACAAGGCCCCCACCUUCUGCGACUACUGUGGCGAGAUGCUAUGGGGUCUCGUCCGGCAGGGGCUUAAAUGUGAAGGAUGUGGGCUAAACUACCACAAGCGUUGUGCCUUCAAGAUCCCAAAUAACUGUAGUGGCGUGAGGAAGAGGCGACUGUCCAAUGUUUCACUGCCUGGACCAUCUCUCUCUGUCCCCCGACCUUUACCUGCUGAAAAUGCAGUGGUUGUCCUGGAUGAGCAGCAGAGGUCCCAUCAGGAGGCAGGGAAGCGCAUCCCGUCCUGGAGCGGCCGGCCUAUUUGGAUGGAUAAGAUGGAAAAGACACGGGUUAAGGUGCCGCACACGUUCGCCAUUCACACCUACACUCGUCCUACUAUCUGCCAGUACUGCAAGCGUCUGCUCAAAGGUCUCUUCCGCCAAGGCAUGCAGUGUAAAGACUGCAGAUUCAACUGCCAUAAGCGCUGUGCUUCAAAGGUACCAAGAGACUGUUUAGGUGAGGUGGACUUCAAUGGAGAGCCAGCGAGCCCUGGGCCGGACUCAGACACUACCAUGGACACAAUGGAGGUAGACAGUAAUGAUAUGGAUUGUGGCAGAGGAAUGGAUGAUCCAGAUGAACCAUCCACUCCGGAUGAGAGGAUGUUUGAAAUGGACUCGCCGUUGCUGGACAGGGAGAAGGAUGAAGAGCCCAUCAAGACUAUUAGCCCCUCCACUAGCACCAACAUCCCUCUGAUGCGGGUGGUCCAGUCCAUCAAACACACCAAGAGGCGGAGCUCCACGGUGGUGAAGGAGGGCUGGAUGGUUCAUUACACGAGCAGGGACAACCUGCGGAAGAGGCAUUACUGGAGGCUGGACAGCAAAAGCCUGAGUCUCUUCCAGAACGACACCGGAGCCAAGUUCUACAAAGAAAUCCCUCUGUCUGAGAUCCUCCAGGUAGAGCAGUGCAGAGACUACAGCAAUCUGGCUCAGGGCAGCAACCCUCACUGCUUUGAGAUCAUCACAGCCACCAUGGUGUACUAUGUAGGGGAGAACAACGGCAGUCACUACCACAGCCCUGCUCUGGCCGCCUCUGGAGUUGGGAUGGAGGUGGCUCAAGGCUGGGAGAAGGCCAUCAGACAGGCCCUGAUGCCCGUCACUCCUCAGCCCAGUGUAGCCUGUGCUGCCGGCCAAGGCAAAGAUCACAAAGAGCUGUCUAUUAGCAUAUCUGUGUCCAACUGCCAGGUCCAGGAGAAUGUGGAUAUCGCCUCGGUGUACCAAAUAUUCUCCGAUGAAGUGCUGGGAUCGGGCCAGUUUGGCAUUGUGUAUGGAGGCAAACACAGAAAGAGCGGCAGAGAUGUGGCCAUCAAGGUUAUUGACAAGAUGAGAUUUCCCACCAAGCAGGAGAGUCAGCUGCGGAAUGAGGUCGCCAUAUUACAGAAUCUGCAUCACCCGGGUAUCGUUAACUUGGAGUGCAUGUUUGAGACGCCUGAGCGGGUGUUUGUCGUCAUGGAGAAGCUGCACGGCGACAUGCUGGAGAUGAUCCUUUCGAGCGAGAAGAGCAAACUGCCUGAACGAAUCACCAAGUUCCUCGUCACGCAGAUCCUUGUGGCCUUGAGACAUCUGCACUUCAAAAACAUUGUUCACUGUGACUUGAAGCCUGAGAAUGUACUGCUGGCCUCUGCAGAGCCUUUCCCUCAGGUCAAGCUGUGUGAUUUUGGCUUUGCCCGUAUCAUUGGGGAGAAGUCCUUCCGGCGGUCGGUGGUAGGAACUCCGGCUUACCUCGCUCCAGAAGUGCUGCGCAGCAAAGGCUACAACCGCUCCUUAGACAUGUGGUCAGUGGGCGUGAUUGUGUACGUCAGCUUGAGCGGCACGUUCCCAUUUAACGAGGACGAGGACAUUAAUGAUCAGAUCCAGAAUGCGGCCUUCAUGUACCCUCCUACGCCCUGGAAGGACAUCUCUGCAGAGGCCACAGAUCUGAUCAACAAUCUCCUCCAAGUCAAAAUGAGAAAGAGGUACAGCGUGGACAAGUGUCUCAGCCAUCCCUGGUUACAGGACUACCAGACGUGGUUGGACCUGAGGGAGUUUGAGACGCGGCGAGGCGAGCGCUACAUCACCCAUGAGAGCGACGACGCGCGCUGGGAGGAGUAUGCGGACGAGCACAGUCUUGUUUACCCUAAACAUUUUAUCAUGGCUCCCAACUUGGACGACAUGGAAGAGGACCCCUAGUGGAGCAGGAGACUUGCUACACCACAUGCAUCUCGCAGAGUUUUUCAGGAAGCUUUGAAAGUGGCAGGUUUUCCCUCCAGAACUCUCGAAACAGAGAUAAGCCAGUCGGGUGGAGAGGCACUCUCCUGAGGCUGGAAAAGUGGGGAAAACCCAGCAGAGGUUGUAGUGUGAAGCACCGCUACAAGCAGGUGGAGAUGCGUGUCACAGAAACGCAUUAAGACACUGUCACAGGAGGCGAGUGCUCCCUCUUCCUUUGUGUAUAAUAAUACGAAAACAUUCCAUGAAUUUGUUCAAUCUUGGUUCAUUUUUUAAGGACUAGCACAACAAUGUUACUGAACAUGCAAAGUUCUGGAUGAAGGCCGUGCUCGUGAUGUAAGAGAGGAGCUGAGUGAAGCGCUUACGCCAGGAUUAAAGGGCACUUUUCACAAGGGAUUUACAGCCUGUUUGUGAGACUGUCCUGUGGCAUGAAACUGGAACUAUCACGCAGAUUUGUAUGGGUUUUUUAAUGUAUUUAGUAAUUGUGGUAGGUUUUUGCACUAUAUUACCAAUUUCCAUAGCAACUGAAUAGAAAACACUAUUCGCUGCUACAGAACGCAAACUGUUUUUACAUUUCCCAUCAACAUUCAAAGUUAGGAAAGGUGUCAUGCAGUAUUAGCUCCUUUGUCUCAGAUCCCAGCAGGUGUUUUUAACCUACAUGUGUUCAGAGUGUGAUCUGUUCAUGGCAGCUAGUAGUGUGUAAGUUUUAUCGGCUUGCUCUCGGAGAGAGAAACCAACAAACCCUGACCAAAUAUGUUACAACAUUUCAUUUCGCUGUUUCCUUUCAACUGUUUUCCUUGUUUGACUUUGUGAAUCUAUUGUGAAGGCCGUAACCCUGAAGUGUAAGAAGGAAUGGACUCUUUUGUUCGGCUUCACAUUUUUGUAUUUUCACUCUUUUCUUGAAUGUGACCGUUGAAGCGCUCCAGCGCUGGGACGUGUUCUUUGGUGUUCUCCGGGGUUGCGGUCGAAUAGUCAAAAAAGUCAUGUCCUAUGUUCUUGUUUGUUCUGUUUGUGAAAUCAUCGCAAGAUGAAGGAAAGGUGUGCACGAGAAUUCACAGAGAACCUGGCUGCAUCCACACUAGGCUGUGUAGCACUCGAUGAUGAAUAAUGUUGAUUGAGAUCAAGUUCACCCUUUGCUUUUAUGCUGGCUGUAUAAACAUGGAAAAUUUGAUAAAAAGCAGCAAUCUUUCCAUCCAUCCAUCCGCCCACUGGCUGCUCCUGUUCUGAGUUUGGGUUGUGGGGAGCAGUCUAAGGAGAGCCCAGACCUCUCUGUCACCAGCAAGCUCCUGUAAGGGCUGAGACGUGCCCAAGCCAGCUGAGAGAUACAUUUCCUCCAGUGUGCCCAAAACACCUCUUCUAGCAGGCACCAAGAAAACAUCUUAGUCAGAAGCACAAACCACCCCAACAAGCUCCUGAAUGACCAAACUCCUCACCCCAUCUCAGGGAGAGUACAGCCUCCCUUUGGAGGAAGCUCAUUUCUGCCAUUUGUAUCUGCGAUCUCAUUCUUGCCCAGCUCGUGGCCAUGGGUAAGGAAAAGUAAUCAACAGCUUCACUUUUACACUCAGAUUUCUCUUCGUAGAGCAGAUUGGUACAGUGUCCUCAUCAUUGCUGCUACCACGUCAGUCUGCUGUUUCAGCAACCAGAGAUCGACCCUGUGGCGCCUCCUUCGGGUGGAAGGCUCACAGGGCGGCAAGUACCCGGCCAGACCCCAUGGGCUAAGGCCUGAGCUCUUGUCCCAUGAUGGUUUUUUCAUAGGGGUAAUGUGAAUCGCUCUUUGUCUGGCCUCUUACCAAGAACCAAUUUGCCUUGGGAGACCCUACCAGGGUCAAAUGCCCCUGACAGCACAGCUCCUGAAAUCACAUCUGAUGAAUAAUAUUUAAAAAAAGGAUGUUACCCGACAUCGCAGUGAAAAACACGUUUGUCACGUUGAGAAUGGUUACUCGUCCUGUUCUCCUUUUUUAUUUGUUCUUCAAACUAAACAGAUGGUGCAGUUUAACUUGCACCUUUAACCUGAGCUGUCAUCAGCUGUGAAAGCAGUCAAGCUCAGUCUGAUGAUACACAAGAUAAUAAUUUUAGUCUAUUCUUUAUUUUCAACAAACGUUUCAAACUCACGUAAAAAGUGCUCAACAUAUCAGCUUUAGCUUUAAUAUAUUCUUAAAGGUUCAAAACAAAUAAACAUAUUAGGAAGUUAUGGCAUAAGAUGACGACUGCAUCCCUGGUUAGUCAUUUUUGAUCUAAAGAUGCAUCGCUUUGAAUUAUGGGAAGCCGCCGUGUCCCCACAUUUCUUAAAUGAAGGUCAGCGUGUCCUAACCGUCACCUUUCCUCAGCAGAGAUUUCGACCAACACUUAUCACACCCUCCUUGAAAAAAUGACUAUUCGACCUCAACCCAGCUAUCUGAAACGUUUCAUCACCAACGUGGGCGAAACUGGCUUUUAAACAGAACAAAAUAUCGGGAGUUCCACCUUCAUUAUGUUGUCCGAUCAUUUCACACGGGAGCGAGUUUAUAUUUGCUCCGCUGGUGUGUUUGGGAGUAUGUUCCAGUUUCCUUUCUCUGUCUUUGUUGCCGCUGGAUUGGCAGGUGUCAGUGUUUUGUAUAUUUCAGUACAUACUAAUGAAAUAAAAAAACCCUAAAUGAAA